GCAGUUAUCGUCUGCAAUAAUCUGGUCAAUAUCCACAAUGAUACUCGUUGAUAAACACGGGGGUUGUGAAACAGGUUAAAUCGAGGUAAUUGUGUAAAGAAAACAACUCGGUUUCAGAUGUCAAGAUGGGACAAACCCGGCAUAAGAUAUGUAUGGUCUCCGACUUCUUUUAUCCGAACAUGGGUGGGGUGGAAGAGCACAUAUUCAAUUUGUCCCAGUGCCUAUUGGGUCGAGGACACAAAGUCGUAGUGCUGACGCACUCUUAUGGUGAUAGAGUAGGAAUACGGUACAUGACGAAUGGCUUGAAAGUCUACUACUUGCCAAUAAAAGUAUUUUACAAUCAAUGUGUGCUGCCCACCAUGAUCUGUUCUCUCCCAUUGAUCAGAUACAUCUUCAUACGGGAACAGAUCCAAAUAAUCCAUGGGCAUUCGGCAUUCUCUGCCUUAGCCCAUGAAGGGAUGUUGAUAGGGAGGCUGAUGGGAUUGAAGACUGUAUUCACAGACCAUUCAUUAUUUGGUUUUGCUGACGCAUCUGCUAUCCUGACCAACAAAUUCAUAGAGAUAUCACUGUCAGAUUGCAAUCACUGCAUAUGCGUAUCGCACACUGGAAAAGAAAAUACCGUAUUAAGAGCAAAAGUACAAAUAGAGAGGGUGUCAGUCAUUCCAAACGCAGUUGACACUGCGCUAUUUACACCUGAUGUUAGCAAGAGGAACAAUGAUUUUAUUACAAUAGUUAUAGUAUCCCGGCUAGUCUAUCGAAAAGGGGUGGAUCUCCUAGCCCAUAUUAUUCCCGAAAUUUGUGCAAAGUAUGAAAAUGUACAGUUCCUGAUUGGAGGCGACGGGCCAAAACGGUGGCUGAUAGAAGAGAUUAGAGAACGGAAUUUACUCCAACACCGAGUUACGCUGCUCGGUAGUCUCGAACAUUCGCAAGUGAGACAUGUUUUAAACAAAGGGCACAUAUUUUUGAACACCAGCCUAACAGAAGCCUACUGUAUGGCAAUCGUGGAAGCUGCUUCUUGCGGAUUACAAGUUGUUUCCACACGAGUGGGAGGAAUACCAGAAGUUUUACCACCCGACUUGAUAUAUUUGGUGGACCCAACAGUGCCUGCUUUGGUACAAGGCAUUGAUUCUGCGAUAGCUGAUUAUGUCACUGGCAAACAGAUGUGUCCUUUCAAGGCGCACAAGCAAAUAGCUUCAUUUUAUAACUGGUUCGACGUUACCAAACGGACGGAAGUUGUAUACGGGCUGGUUGAAAAAGAGAAGCAGAAAAAUCUUGGACAACAGCUGAGCAGCUACAUUCCAACCGGUGUCUUGCCAUAUUUGCUAGUUGUUUCAUUGUGCUAUAUUAUUCUCUACAUUCUGGAGUAUCUUGUGCCUAAAAAGUACAUCGACUUGGCGCGAGACUACGGACAAUCACAGAACGAACCACAUGUUCACACCAAAGUGCCAAGGAAAAAGAGAGGCAGCAAUUCAUGACGCUAGUAUUAUGUUCUGAUUCUUAAAAAUCAGUAUGCUUACACUGAUUGUUGUGUCCAUUGUUUACCAAAGAAAUUACAAAUUUCUAUAUUUGUAAACGUUCGCCUUAUCAAGGUUAUUACCGAAGUAUCCAGAUUUCAGAACCAUGCUAAGCCUUAAAAAAAAAAAAAAGAAACGAAGUAUAGUUCCUAUUGCCUGAAUUGUUUUGCAUAUUUGUCUGAAAUUUUAUAUUCGAUAUUUUUAGCUCAUCGCGAAAAAAAGGUUUUGUAAUGUUACUUGGCGGUGUUAAAGAUUUUGUAAAGGUUGAAGGAUUGCAUAAGAGUUCUUGAAUUUUAUUGCGAAACUUUACUCGCUUUCUGUAAUUGGACUUUUUGUAUCUUGCAAUGUUGUUUUCAUUUAAAUUAUUUCCAAAAACAAAUUCAACAAAUAGUUUCAGGAAUACAUUUACUGUUCGUUCUUUCUUUUUUUUUAUAUCAAAUUUGACUACUGCUAAUCAUUCUUCGUUCCUUACAGUCAUUUUGGUGAUACAUGUUCGUAUAAUGUAGUCUACAGUGAAUUUUGAUAAUAUGAAUUUUGUUGGUAAAUUCUGGAAUAUCAGAGGCAUUGCUUCAAUUACAAGUUUAAAGAAUGAUUCUUAUUUUUGUUUUUUAUAGCUACUAGAUUAAUUUAUUUGUACAAUUGACUUGAUUUAGACAAUGAGUGAAGUACAGAAAACUAUGUUGUAUAGUGAGUUAGGUAAUGAUUUCGAGCCUUUGCAGAAGAAUUCAGAAACAGGAAUAUAUAAUUUAAAGUUUCUUGUUCUCCCUUUUUUUUUUACACAGAAUGUGUGGUAACAAGAAUAUGUGCAGCUUAUGUAAUUGUGAUACAAAAUAAUGAAUAAUGCAUAGUGUCUAUGUUGUUAAUACGUACCAAUAAUUGUUGAAGUGAACAUACAAAGUUUUUGUCGAACAAAUUAUUCAUAAGACCAUAUCAUGUGUAACAUUUAAUAGUCACUUGUGUGUGACACCAUAAUAGUGUGACACUCGAUUAUUUUCAAUAUUUCUCAUUAAAAUAUUUAUUGAAACACAAUACCGGUCAUUUGCGAAGCGCCAAACUAGUACAGUAUUUAUUAAGUGCUUGUAUUUGAUGAACUUUAUUGUGUUAUACCAACUUGUAAGUAGACUUUACAGUAUUUUGUAACUAUAAUUUAAUACUUUUAUUUUCAAACAAGCCUGAAGGAUGUUUCUGUUACUUUUAUUUUGAUAAUUGUGUAAAGAAAAUACAAAGUUCAACUAUGAGUCUAUGAAGGGAUCAGACUUUGAACACUUUUCUUCAAAAUUAAAUCAACUGUGUGCGUAAGGUAGUCUCACUAUUAUAACAGUCUGUAUUACUAUUUUGUGAUAUGUUAUGAAUGUGAACAGGGUGUGCAUGCAUGUGUAUGCGCUCUGACGAUCAUACCAUAUCGAAUAAACUUAGCUUUCGGGCAGCUGAAACGCACAUCAGAAGUUUUCCAGAAUGCCAUGAAAUUCGGCGAAAACAGAAUAUUAGCAAGAAAAUGUAUCGUGAAAUAUGAUUACUGGCGCUUUGCUACCAACCCCUUUAAUGCGAUAUUAUUAAUCAUCAGUCAACGUAAACUAUUAAGAAAACCAGAGAAAUUCUUUGUACAAAUUCAAGGCAGCUAAAGAUUUUCUAAUUCAAUUUCUUUAUACAGUAGAAGCUCAUUGUUGUCGUUCACUUGGAUCUGGUGUCGACGAGGAAACUUUGCCCCACCGAUUCACAGAGCGCUAGUCAAUUACAGUUUUACACAUAACUUGACAACCAGCUUCUAGUGUAAAGGUUUAUACAUAGGGAUGGUAUUAUUAUAUAACAACAUAACAAUGAAUGAGAUGAAUAUGAUACAUGAAUAUAAUGAAUAUAAUUUUAUAAUGUCUGGAUAUUCUACGUACAAUUAACAAUAGCUUAUUUUUACUAUAAGAGACAAAUAACUUUGUUGACGUGUUAAGAAGUCUAUAAAGUCUCGGCGAAUUUUCAAAAUUCGUGAGAUUCUAAGGUACAAAUAAUAAAUACAUGUAUACGUCAUGUAAUUAUAAUUAAAAGCAAUAUUUUAAUCGAAAUCUAAAUACCUAAUUAUUGCUUAU